AUGUUCGAUCCCUUAUCUGUGGCUGGAAGUGCCGUGGGAAUCAUUUCCCUUGGGCUCCAGGUUACGCAGUCACUGUACAACUACUACGCUGCUCUCAGUUCCCAAAACUCGGACAUCGCUCACACGACGCACAAGCUGGAGAACUUGCUGGAGAUGCUUAACUCCCUGCAGGCCCACCUUGAUAGCCGCAAGAUCAAAGUUGGCGAAGCAAAUAUGCUUAAUACCAUUAAGUCUACUAUCCAGCAAUGUGGAGAAUGCAUCCAGGAGCUCGACGAAGAGUCGCAAAAGUUCAAGAAGAUGCCGGUGGAUAGCGUUCGCACCGCUAUUCGAGUGACAAGCCGUCGACUCGCGUACCCGUUUCGGCAAAGCACGCUGCAGAAGUUGGAUGAAGACAUCGAUGAACUAGUCACUCACCUGUCACUGGCUUUGCAGCUCUUACAACAAGAAGACAUCGACCACGUUCAGAACGAAAUAGAGAAUACUAGAGCGGUUCUGGAUUUGGUCAGGGCUUCCCAGAUCUCCUCUCAAAUCCAGGAUUGGCUCAAGGCGCCCGAUGCCUCCAUUGACUUCAACGAUGCUUGUAGCAAGAAGCACCCAGGUACUGGUCUGUGGUUUGUUAAAAGCUCUUCUUUCACCACCUGGCUCGAACUUCCCAGAUCCUUCCUUUGGCUGAAGGGUUUUGCCGGGUGCGGAAAAUCCGUUCUAUGCUCGACUGCGAUUCAGCAUACCUUUCGCCACCGGAGGUCCAAUCCACAAAUCGGUAUCGCGUUCUUUUUCUUCACCUUCAAUGAUGGGAACAAACAGAAUACAUCUGCGAUGCUUCGAGCGCUCGUGAUGCAGCUGUCGAGCCAGCUUGGCGGUAAACACACUGCUCUCACGCGAUUGUACGAAAGCUACCGCAACACCACGCCACCAGAUCAGGCCCUUCUGGAGUGUCUACACCAGCUUGUACGCGCUUUCCGCGACGUCUAUAUCGUCAUCGAUGCACUAGAUGAGAGCGCGAGGGAUGAAAAUCGAGACGCGAUGCUCCAAUCGCUGAACGACAUCCGUGGUUGGUCAGAGUCAGGGCUACAUCUUCUUGUGACGAGCCGGGACGAAGUCGACAUCCGCGACGCACUUGAAGCAGCGCCAGAAGAGGCCGUGGUCAUGAGAAACGACGGCAUUGAUGAGGACAUAGCCAAAUUCGUCUCGCAACAUCUCCGAGAAAAUCGACGUCUUCGAAAGUGGCAAGAAUACCAUGGUAGAAUCGAGCAGGUGCUGAUCGAGAAGGCAAAGGGCGUGUAG